GCGCGCCAUCCAACAUGAUUUAACCCCUGGAUAUAUUAUUUGGUUACUACCUACUUAUCCAUGAAUGAAACUAAUCAAGCUAGAAAAGAAGUGUUCCGAAUUGAAGAUGAUGUGUCGUCACGUAUAAGCACUGCACAGGUUAUUGUUUCGCUUAGCAGUGCUGUUCGUCAAUUGAUAGACAACUCACUCGAUGCUUCAGCCCAGUGCAUUGAGAUUCGCGCAAAAAACAGCGGAUAUGAAAGCGUAGAAGUCAUCGACGAUGGCACUGGCAUUGAUGCGGAGAACUUUGAAUCACUCUGCAGGCCACAUUCAACAUCCAAACUGACUGGUAUCGAUGAUUUCAGCACACUGUCAACCCUUGGUUUUCGCGGAGAGGCCUUGAAUGCACUGUGUGCUAUCGCUUCACUCACAAUCAUCACGCGAUCUCGAUCUGCUACCCUUGGCACUAAACUCCGCUUCGAUCAUUGCGGGAGAAUAGUAGAUCAGUCAUCUGUUGCUCGAUCGGUCGGAACUACUGUGGUUAUAGAAAAUCUGUUUAAGACACUUCCCGUAAGGAGAAAAGAAUUUGAGAAAACGGCAAAGAGGGACUUUGGCAGGGUGCUGACUGCUAUUCAAUGUUUUGCCCUGUCUCGACCAGAGGUCAAGUUCAUAUGCAGCAACGUCAUUGCGGGAAAGAAGUCUCAACCCAUUUGCACUCCGGGAAAGGUCGGCGUACGAGAGGUUGUGAUCAACUUAUUCGGAGGUCGAGCCGAUAAGAAUAAGAUGGUCGACGUUGUUCGCUGUGUUCCAACGGAAGAUGUCGCGCUUAUGCACGGCGUCGAUCCUAAAAACACUUCAGCUUAUGUAGAUAUCGAGUUCACUGGUUUUGUUAGUUCUUGCGAGCAUGGCUAUGGGCGAAGCUCAACUGACCGACAAUUUAUAUACGUUAACCAAAGACCUGUGGAUUAUUCCAAGAUUUGUCGAGUUAUCAACGAAGUUUACCAGCAAUAUAAUCGAUCUCAGUAUCCCACACUCGUAUUGUACAUCACCGUACCUGCAGCUGAAAUUGAUGUCAAUGUCACACCAGACAAAAGAAUGAUAUUUUUUCAAAGAGAAAAGGAACUGUUGGCACUAAUCCGCUCCUCCUUCCUGGCAACAUUUCAUCCACUUUUGGGAUCCUAUACGUCAGUUGUUGACAGAAUAGCCAACAAAAAUAACGAGAAUGUCAGUGUGGAACAUGCAUCAAUCUCCAAAUCAGAUACUCCAUCAUCCGCUAACUCUGCUCUAUUUUCUCUUCUCAAGUCUAACUCAGCAAAAGCUACUUCACCUUCGUACGCUCCUCCUCAACCGAAGAAGAGCAGGACAGAAGAUCACAAUCUCAAAAAAAUUUUGUCAAGUGGUCUGAAGACUUUGGACGCAUUCGCUUUCAAACCUAUCUCUCGUGACGCUUUAGCUGAGAGAAUUAACACGCCACUAACCAGUAAGACGAAUAAUAGGCCUUCUUCAAGAGGUAAUGCGGCUGCAGAUGCCGUUGAAAUGGAUGCUUCUCUUGCUAGUACUUCCUCCGACGCGAAACUUACUAAAGAGCGUACACCCAAGAAAGCCGACAGUAACUUCACAAUAACGCAUCAUCGACGGGGAGAGUUCGGGCCAUCUUUAACAAGAAACUUAUCUCGAGGAUUCGAAGCUGUUAUUGAGAAGGACAGCGUGUUUAUGGAAAAGAUGGAGAAGACCAUGGACGAGGAAGAACCUUCAACGAGUGGUACAACCUCGACAGAGAGAGAGCCUAUCUUGGAAGGCACUAUAACACUAUCACAAUGUGUAGAGCAGUCACCCACGUUUAUGAGAACACAGCAAUUGGUGCCCUUCACUAUGUCAGCACUAAAAGAGCGCCUAAACAAUUUGAGAACUGGAAAGGCGAAGGAAGAACAGCCGAGUCAAACUCUGGAAUUUGCUGCUUCGCUUUCGCCCGAGGAAAAUGCCUUAGCCGAGGAAGAACUUGGUCGCGUUCUCAAGAAGACCGACUUCGCUCAGAUGGCGGUGAUUGGACAGUUCAACAAAGGUUUCAUUAUUACACGGCUGAGGGACCACCUAUUCCUCGUUGAUCAGCAUGCUAGCGACGAAAAGUACAAUUUCGAGCGUUUUCAGAAGAAAGCUCGAGUGGAAUCCCAAAAGCUUCUACAUCCCAAAUUACUCGAUUUUGGCGCUGUGCAAGAAUCAGUGCUAAGAGACAACCUGGAUAUUCUAGAAGCUAAUGGAUUUGGCUUUGAAUUUCGUGAGAAAGAAGACGGAUGUAGUUCUGCUUUACUAGUAUCUGCACCGGUUCUGCACAGCUGGCAAUUCGACAGAAGUGACAUAGAAGAAAUCCUCACUGUAGUGUCUGAAUUUCCGGGAGUCAUGUACCGCCCAGCAAAACUUCGCCGCAUCUUUGCAUCAAGAGCGUGCCGAAAGUCGGUGAUGAUCGGUACCGCACUUACAACGACUCAAAUGAAAACGAUAGUAAACCAUCUUGGGACGCUCGAUCAGCCAUGGAAUUGCCCCCAUGGACGUCCAACACUGAGACAUCUGGUGGACCUCAACACUAUAUGAUAGAACUGGCAUACAGCACUCACAAAAUCUGAUCACAACUUGGAACUUUUUCAAGACACCAAUAUUAUAUAUACGACUUAGCUCAAAUAGUCCAUAUUUACUUCACUGAAAGUGCCUCGCCAGAAUUUAACAUUUUAUGACUCCUUACUACUUCGCAUGUCAAUCAU